ACAAAAAUCACAAUUAGUCCAAAUUUACCUUGAAUUUCUCAGCAUAAGAUGUGCUACAAAGUAUAGUGUUAAAAUCAAAAUCUGAACUAUGUUUUACUUUUCAUAAAACAAAGUCAGCCUUUGGUAUUUGGUAAACCUCAUGAGAUGGCCAAUCAACUAUGCCUUCUCUUCACUCUCUAUUCACCGCUUACGUCAUCUUAUUCGACAAUGCUCACGCCAUCACUCCUCUCCCGACCUCGCCACCAAACUCCACGCCCUUCUCAUAACCACCGGCCUCCUCGCCUUCCGAGACACUUUUCUCGGCAACGCCCUCCUUCACCUUUACGCAGCUCGUGGCAGUUUCACCUAUGCGCACCAACUGUUUGAUGAAAUUCCCAACUCACACAAAGAUGCUGCUGAUUGGACUGCCCUGAUGGGCUGCUUUGCUCUUCAUGGAAUUCCCCAAAAUGGGCUUCGUUUAUUUGUUGAGAUGAGAAGAGAAGGAGUGAGAGUUGAUGAUGUGGCCUUGGUUUGCGUUUACAAGACUUGUGCUUUGUUGGGUAAUGUUGAGUUUGGUAAAGGAAGCCAUGGUUUUUUGGAGAAGAUUGGUUUGAGUUCUAGUGUUAAAGUUUGUAAUGCUGUUAUGGAUAUGUAUGUUAAGUGUAGGCUGUUGAGUGAAGCCAAAAGGGUGUUUGAAAAUAUGGAUGAAAGGAGUGUUGUGUCUUGGACUGUAAUUUUGGAUGGUGAGGUUAGUUUGGGAAGUGUUGGAAGUGGGAGAAUGGUGUUUGAUGUGAUGCCAGAGAAGAAUGAGGUUGCUUGGACUAUCAUGCUUGUUGGCUAUAUUGCCAAUGGAUUUACUCGUGAUGGGUUUUCGCUUCUUGUUGAAAUGGUUUUCGGUUGUGGUUUGGAACUGAAUUAUGUUACACUUAGUUCAACAUUGUCUGCUUGUGCAUUGUCAGGGGAUUUAAUGAUGGGCAGGUGGGUUCAUGUGUAUGCACUUAAAACAAUGGAGAAGAAGGUAGAUAUAAUGGUGGAGACAGCUUUGCUUGAUAUGUAUGCAAAAUGUGGUAGAGUAGACACUGCAAGGAAAGUUUUUGAUAACUUGUCAAUAAAAAAUGUUGUGGCAUGGAAUGCUAUGCUUAGUGGUUUAGCUAUGCAUGGUAGGGGUAAAGCUGUCUUGGACUUGUUUCUUCAUAUGGUUAAAGAAACCAAGCCAGAUGAUUUAACCUUUACUUCAUUGUUAAGUGCUUGCAGCCACUCAGGCCUUGUUAAAGAAGGUCAAUAUUACUUCUAUAAUCUUGAAUUACUAUAUGGCAUAAGGCCUAAGAUAGAACAUUAUGCCUGUAUGGUGGAUCUUUUAGGCAGGGCAGGUCAUUUAGCAGAGGCUGAGGUUUUAAUUCGAAAAAUGCCAAUGCCUCCAAAUGAAGUUGUACUGGGUUCUCUUCUUGGAUCUUGCAGUAUCCAUGGAAAGUUAGAGCUAGGUGAACGCGUCAUAAAAGAGCUAAUUCAAUUGGAUCCUCAUAACACAGAGUACCAUAUAUUGCUUUCGAAUAUGUAUGCUUUAGAAGGAAAGCGAGACCAGGCGAAUUGCCUUAGGCAUGUUCUUAAGAACAAGGGUAUAAGAAAGGCUCCAGGAAUAAGCUCAAUUUAUGUUAAGGGCCAAGUUCAUCAGUUCUGUGCAGGAGAUAAGUUCCAUCCACUGAUCACAGAGGUUUAUGCCAUGUUGGAUGAGAUGAUUCGAAGAUUGAGAUUGGUGGGUUAUGUUCCCAAUACCGCUUCUCAAGUUUUUCAUGGUUGUGAUACUACUGGGAAGAAUAACACAUAUGAUGAGGUAGAGGAGAUAGAACAGGCAUUGUUCUCUCACAGUGAGAAACUGGCUUUGUGUUUUGGGCUCUUAACCACAAGAGCUGGCUCACCACUUUAUAUCUUCAAGAAUUUACGGAUAUGCAUAGACUGUCAUUCAGCUAUGAAGAUAGCUUCCACUGUUUACAAUAGAGAAAUUGUUGUGAGAGAUCGAAACCGUUUCCAUUGUUUCAAGCAAGGUUCUUGUUCUUGUUCUGAUUAUUGGUAACUAACUUUUAUUAUACUAAUGUAAAGCUUGGUUAUGUUGAUUAAUCCAUGGUAACUAAAUUUAUUUCCAAUGAAUCAAAAA